AUGUCGACCAAAAAGUUCGGAAUGGAAGACGUCGGAAUAACGAAACUCGAAGGAACUGCCGAUCCGAAAACCGUCAGUAAAAGUGACUGGCAGAAGGUUCUACCAAAGGAAGCAUAUGUUGUUUCCAGAUUGAGUGGAACCGAAGCACCCGGAUCCGGUGGCUUCGAUAACUACUUCGAGAAAGGACGCUACGUUUGUUUGUGUUGUGGAUCGGAACUUUUUAAUUCGGAUGCAAAGUUCUGGGCUGGAUGUGGGUGGCCGGCGUUUUCAGAGUCAGUUGGAAAGGAUGCGAAUAUUGUGAGAAUCGUCGAUAAAUCACACGGAAUGGUUCGCACCGAAGUUCGAUGCAAAACGUGCGACGCCCAUCUUGGCCACGUGUUCAACGACGGUCCGAAAGACAAAACUGGCGAGAGGUACUGUAUCAACAGUGUCUGCAUGGCUUUCGAGAAGAAGGAUUAA